AUGUCGCCGUUUCUACCGUCGACGGUGGUUCUGCAGUGCGCGAGGAAACGCAAGUUCGACGCAUAUCGUCAAUCAUCUCGUCCGUCCAUGCCCAAGAUGCUGCCCAUCUCCCGGCAGGUUCUUAAGUUCGGAGAACAGCUGGACCGAGAGCUUACCUAUGCAGGUAUUGACGGAAGCAAAGACAAAGGCCAGAACGAAAGCAGCGACGGAGGCGUCGCAAGAGGACAAGACCAAGAUCUGACCCGACUUGCCCCUGACCUCUCAUGA